UGCGUCUUCAUUUUUUUUUAUACAGACCUCGUAAUAAAGUACGUCUCGUAAUAAUAUGUUCUUGAUGUAAGUAUUGACUCGUGCAAUUGUAAUCAUGAAUCGUGGUGGAUCAUCGAAAGUCGUGCAACAUAACCUAUCUUCAAUGCUUCAGAGUGACCAGGAUCGCGAUUUUCUACAACGCGAACCAACGCUCUAUACAGUCAAGGGUAUGGCCAUCCUUGACAACGACGGUAACAGAAUAUUAGCGAAGUAUUACGACAAGAAUAUAUUUCCUACACCGAAGGAACAGAAAGCAUUUGAGAAGAAUCUUUUUAACAAAACACACCGAGCAAACGCAGAAAUUAUUAUGUUGGACGGUUUAACGUGCGUUUAUAGAAGUUACGUCGAUUUGUUCUUUUACGUCAUGGGAAGCUCUCACGAAAACGAGCUUAUCUUAAUGAGCGUCUUAAACUGUUUGUAUGAUUCGGUCAGCCAAAUUUUGAGGAAGAACGUAGAGAAAAGAGCUGUUUUGGAUAGCCUAGAUAUAGUUAUGCUAGCAAUGGAUGAAAUCUGCGAUGGAGGAAUUAUUCUCGACGCCGAUGCUUCCAGCGUCGUUCAGAGGGUAGCGUUACGAACAGAUGACAUUCCGCUUGGAGAGCAAACAGUUGCACAGGUUCUGCAAUCGGCGAAGGAACAACUGAAAUGGUCUUUAUUAAAAUGAAUAUUAUAUACCGAAACUGUAUUAAUUCCGUAUAUGUAUAAUGUUAAGGCUUUUAAAAAUAUAAAGGAAUACAGGA